AUAGAAAUUCAGCACUCAUUCAUUCAAAGCCUCUCAUGUUUUGGUGGUCUUAAUUAUAGCCAUUAACUUUUUAGUCUUUCACAGCCAGCAAGAGAGAGAGAGAUAGAGAGCAUAGCAGCAGCAAGCAGCACAUAACUUAACACAUAUUGCUAUGGCUAGCUGUGGCAUGGCAUCAGCUGCCUCAGGCUUUGUUGUGGCACCAAAUGUUGCAGCAGCCAACAACACAGGCUCUGCUUCCAGCAGAAGUAGCAUGUUGUUUUUCUCUUCAAAGCCCAACACCAACACCAGAAACAAUGCUAGGUUUGUGAUCAGGGCAGCUGAUGAAGCAGCUGCUGCCCCACCAGCAGCCACCAAGGAAGCACCAGAGGAGGCAGCUCCCCCAAAACCUAAGCCACCUCCAAUUGGACCCAAGAGAGGCACCAAGGUGAAGAUUCUUAGGAGGGAGUCCUACUGGUUCAAAGGCAUUGGAUCUGUUGUAGCUGUGGAUCAGGAUCCCAACACCCGUUACCCAGUCGUCGUUCGAUUCAACAAAGUUAACUAUGCCAAUGUGUCCACAAAUAACUAUGCUUUGGACGAGAUUGAAGAAGUUAAAUGAGUUUUUAGUAGCUUUGUAAAUUGUGAUCUUAAUUCUCCUUCUAUCAGUUUCUUCCUUGUUUGUGCCUUUAUUGUGUAUCCAUACUCUGUGAUUUCUUCCACCCUUUCUUAGUUAAGUUUCAAUCACUGUUUGCCAAAAGUCCAAA